CCUCCCCCUGAUGGAUUAUUUAACAGGCGCUCAGUCCCAUGUCGCCAUCUGCCAGAAGAGGAAAAAUACUCUCCGAAGCACACGAGACGACUUGUUGAAAAACAAACUGGCCGAAGGAGUCAAUGACAUUCAAAUAAGCGAGCGUGCGCAACAGGUGCGCCAGCCAGCCAGCAUCCCCGCAGGAAGACGCGCGCAAAGGUCAGUUUCCAAGUUGAAACUUACUUAAGAGUAAUGGACUGACUUUUGGAUGGAUGCAGAGAGAAAUUGGGAGCUCGAUGUGAUGAACGGUUUCCGAACGCCGAGGUUAUCCUCGCGGUGAGGCAGUCGGGACUCAAACGGAAAAAGGAAGGAAGAAAGGAAGGACUCCGGAGGGGGCGGCGGCGGCGGCUGCGGCGGUCGUCGUGCAUUUUGCGGCAGCCAUGGUAGUCGAAGGGGAGCGGACGCUGCUGGCCGCAAGGCAGGGUGACGUGCAAAGCCUCAAAGCGCAAUUCGCGACGAAAUCGCUGACGAGAGACGUGAAGGACGCACUGGGGGCCUCCGCCGUCCACCACGCAGCCCGGGCGGGCAAACUGGCUUGCGUGCGCUUCCUGGUGGAGGAGGCCGGGCUGCCGGGCCACUGUCUGGCCAACAACGGGGCGAGUCCGGCGCACGAUGCCGCAGCCACGGGCAACCUGGCGUGCUUACAGUGGCUGCUGACCCAAGGUGGAUGUCGCCCGGAGGACAAAGACAGUUCCGGCGCCACCGUUCUCCACCUUGCCUCCCGCUUCAGUCACCAUGAGAUCACAGACUGGCUGCUCAAGAGCGGGGAGGUGGACCCCGGAGCUGCCACUGACACAGGCGCCCUACCUGUUCACUACGCCGCUGCCAAGGGAGACCUGGCCUCGCUACGACUGUUACUGGGGCACAGCCCAAAUUUUAUCAACUCCCAAACGAAGAAUGGUGCCACACCCCUCUACCUGGCUUGCCAGGAGGGCCAUUUGGAGGUCAUCCAGUACCUGGUCAAGGACUGCGGAGCUGAUCCACUCAUCAGAGCCAAUGAUGGGAUGACACCCCUGCACGCUGCUUCCCAAAUGGGCCACAACACCGUCAUUGUCUGGCUGAUGAGUUUCACAGAGAUCAGCCUGAUGGACAAAGAUGGCGACGGGGCCACAGCCAUGCACUUUGCGGCCAGCCGCGGUCACGCAAAAGUUCUCAGCUGGCUGCUGCUGCACGGUGGUGAGAUCGUCACGGACAACUGGGGGGGGACCCCCCUGCAUGACGCCGCGGAGAACGGUGAACUUGAGUGCUGUCAGAUUCUGGUGGUCAAUGGGGUGGAUCUGGGCAUCAGGGACCAGGAUGGCUUCACGGGGGCUGACCUGGCCGAAUACAACGGACACUUCCAGUGUGCCAAGUAUUUACGCACUGUUGAGAACAUGAGUGUGGAGCACCGGGUUUUGUCUCGGGACCCCUCGCUCGACCUGGAGUACAAGGAACCUGAAAACAAGCAGCAGGAUUCGGGCCUCUCGUCCCCCAACACCACCAUGCCCCCGACCAGCCAAGCGACCCACUUUGACAUUAGUUCACCGGCCAGCUCCUUGUCUAACUAUGGCUCGGACAUCUCCAGCCAGUCCAGCACCGGGGAGAAGAGGAGCAGCUUAACAUUGUCUCGAGGGACGCAGCUGAACACAGUCGCACACACAGGUGCAUCGGAGACAGCCAUAUCUGACAUGCAAGCAUACAUGGACAUGCUAAACCCAGACAUCGACCCAGACAAGCCCAAGAAGAGUCCCGACCCUGUUUCAACGCUCCCACCACCACCCACGUAUCCACCACCACCUCCCCCACAUUCUCCUCCCCUCCCGCCGCCGCCGCCCCCGUGCUAUCCGGCACCGAAGCCCCCUCAGGAGGCCUCAUCGGCGGAGUUUUUGAAAGUGAAAAGCAACUUGCGCCAUGUGGAGGGCAACAACAGGAAGAAAGAGCAGCUGACGGUGGGAGAUAACUACGACAAAUUACGACGCGUCGACUCCAACAGAAAGUCGAGGAGCUUCAGUAAGCAGCCAAGCACUGGGGACUACUACAAGACCCUGGGGAGUGACAGCGCCGAGCUCCGUGGGAGCAAAGUCAUGGCACCAAAGGAGGAGGGCUCGGUUUUAUUGGAGGAACCAGCCGACGGUUCCGCCCCAACAUCUGAAAACGGCACCACAGAGGAAACCGUCCCGGCAGCAACUCCUCCAACACCACCGCCGCCGCCGCCGCCUCCACCUCCUCCUCCUCCUCCAAGCAACCCGACGCCAACACCCCCCGCACCGCCACCGUUGCCACAAAACACACCAACAACCCAGAAUGACUCGGCCAACAAACAGCGACGCGCAUCAUCCUCAUCAGCAAGUGGCGGUCCCUCUGCCCCGCAGGCAGAGGGAGGGGCACUAAGACAGAUGAAGAGCACAAAAUCGUUCAACAUGAUGUCCCCUACUGGUGACAACUCAGAAUUGCUUGCAGAAAUCAAAGCCGGGAAGAGCCUAAAACCGACGCCUCACAGUAAAGGCUACACCACGGUCUUUUCCAACAGCGGGCCAGCAGGCAACAACGGAAACACUGUAUCUCCACCAGAGACCCGCCCUUGCAGUCCGCCACCCAAGACGUCGUCCCCGCUUGCGUCCACUACGUCGGUCGCCUCCCCUCCCACAACGCCGAGUCGCACCCCGAGUCCGCCUGGCUCGGGAAGCUUCAGGACCAUGUCGGCAUCGGCGAGCUUCGAGCAGCUGCAUUCCAAUUCCGUCAUCAACGGGAGCAAUGUCGCCCCCGCAGCGGGACCGAGAAAGUCAAGCCUGGCCGACGUGGAGGCGCUCGUACCCACGCACGACGAGCAGGGGAAAGCCAUCCCCGAAUGGAAGCGGCAGGUGAUGGUGCGAAAGCUUCAGGUCAAAGUGCAAGAGGAGGAAGAGCACAAACGCAAGGCUGACGAGGAAGCGGCACGCCUGGCAUCCAUGCCCGCCUGGAGGAGAGACAUGAUGAGGAAGAAAAUGGACGAAGAGAGGUGUGACAGGGAGCAGAAGAGGAAAGCAGAGGAGGAGGCCAAACAGGCCAAAGAGGUAGAGGAGAAAACCGAGUUGGAGCGACUAAGGAUCCUGGGUUACGACGAGACCAAGCUGGCCCCUUGGCAACGCCAGAUCAUCCUGAAGAAAGGGGACAUAGCCAAACAGUGACCCGGCCUUCCCUCUUUCACGUCCGCUCAUGGGGUCCUUCCCAUCAUCAACCCACCCGCAACUCCCAAGGCCUUCGCUGAUUGCUUUUUCUCACCCUGAUGUUUGUUUAUGGGAGAGAGCUCCCAUCUUUGUCGCGCAAUGUCCAGCCACAGAACCGAUGCAGGCGAGUCUCCUCAGUCCUGUCGAAAGUCUCAUGGAGACAAACUUUCAGCAUUAGUAUAGCUCUGGCAUGCACAGAUUGCCCUCACCUGAGACCUUUUCUUUGAACUGUGUGUGUGUGUGUGCGCGUGUGUGUGAGUGUGUGUGUGUGUGUGUUCGCUCCCCUGCAAAUUCAAUGCGUUUUGCUUUCUCAUACAAUCGAUGAGUGACAAAUAAAGGGGCUAUUUGCUAGCAUUGUUGCCACGGGAAAGGGGUCGCGAGCCGUCUGUUUUGUACAGUCCCCGCACUCGCCAUUAUGUAACACUACUGACAUACUAAUCAACGAAACUGCGUCAUGAAAACAAUUUUGUAUCGCGCUCAUAGAAGCGCAUUCUUUACUUUGCAGCCAGAAUUGUCAUUCUUCCAAGAAACAAAUCUUCUUUUCAAAACAAUCCUCUUUGACCUAAACUUACAUUUUACUGGGCGUGAACAGUUGAGGAAAAUCGAAUUUAUGUUUAUAUUAUCAGCACUUGUUCAUUUUCUAUGUCAGCAGUGCAAAAAUUAAAGGCUACAUUAAUCGUAAUUCAUUUUUUUUCCAUUUGUGUUAACUCUAUGGUGAAAAAGU